UUUCUCACUCGACACAGCCAAGGCUGGAGGUUGGCACCCAGCGCUGAGAGGCCAGCAGACCAAUGGACCUGCCCUGCGCCCUAGGGCUCUGGACGCUGCUGGCCCUGCCCGGGGCGCUGGGAUCGGGAGGCGGCGCCAGCGGCAGCACGAGCUCCAGCUCCGCGGUCACCGUGUUCCUGCUGCUGCUGCUGCUGCUGCUGCUGGCCACCGGCCUGGCGCUGGCCUGGCGCCGCCUCAGCCGGGACUCGGGGGGCUACUACCACCCGGCCCGCCUGGGGGCCGCGCUGUGGGGCCGCACCUGCCGCCUGCUCUGGGCCAGCCCGCCGGGCCGCUGGCUCCGGGCGGAGCUGGGGACGCCAGGGGAGGACGCAGGGCGGCAGGACGCGCAGGACGCGGACGAGGACUACGACCUGUGUGGGGGCCGAGAGGAGCCCGCAUCCCGGGAAGAGGAGCAGGGCGGAGAGGGGCCCCGCCGACAGCAGGCCCCAGAGCCGGGCGCGGAAGCACAGGACGACGACGACACCGAGGGGGCCCUGGGCCUCGGCUGCCAGGGGCCGGCGGGCUCAGGGGGCAGCGCCGAGGCCCUGCUGAGUGACCUGCACGCCUUCGCUGGCAGCGCGGCCUGGGACGACAGCACCAGGGCUGCCGGGGGCCAGGGCCUCCACGUCACCGCACUGUAGACGCCCGCUCUGGUGCCACACCCCGGUCCCUGUGCCUCGCCUUCCCGAGCUGCCACGGCCGGACCCAGCCCACCCUGGACUCGUGUCACCCACACCCCCGCUUGGAGAGCCUCCGACUGCCACUCCCCCCGUGAGCUCUAGUCCCCAAGUCUGUGUUAUCUCCGGCCCCCAGGAAGGCCGUCCAUCCCCAGGGGCACUGGGCAGCCAUCUGAAAUAAAACCCCUC